GAUGGAUUUCGAAAAUUCAAUUACAAAUUACUUUCAGUCGAAUGAUCAUAUCAAAUGGAGUGCAUUUGGAGUCUUAAGUCACAUAUCAAAUAAUAUUGAUUUCACAAGCGAACAUAUGAAUGAAAUUGGUGAUUCCUUAAGAAAACAGCUAGAAAUUUUAUCGAAGCAUAAAGGUCUUCUCCAAGCAGCGAGAAACAAAGUCACCAAACUGCUGGAAAACUUGCAGGAAACCCUUACAAGUUUUGGACAUCAAGGAUCCAGUACAGAAACACCAAUUACUAGUUAUGAUGUACAGGAAGAAAACGAACACGCUGUCGAUGAAAAUAGGAUGAUAUGUGUGAAAAAUAUUCUUGAAGAUUCAAUUUACUCGAAUUUUUCAAUAAUAUUAGAUUUAGAACUUCAAAAAAAAGUUCUACAUGAAAUUUUUGAUGAAAUUGACAAUUAUAUCACUGAUGAUAUUCACGGAUUUCUGACAACAUUUUUCAAUAAAGACCUUACUGCAAGAGGCUGGAGUAAUGCAAUAAACAAUAUGGAUUCUAAUGAAAAUGAUUCUGAGCUCCUAAAGAAUUUGAAAAAGUUAAUUCAAGAAACAUUACCAAAAUUCUUAAAAGCAUUAUCAUUGGAAAGUUUAAAUCCAUUGAGAGACAUAACGUUCCUUGAAAAACCACACCUCAAUCAAUUCGUACAUCCUCUUAUUGACUCUGCGUUAUGGAUCUUUGCCAAUGUCAAUUACAUAUAUGGUGAAAUACCAUUGAAAGAUCUUGGGCUCAAAGUACGGGCUGAUGGAGGAGCUAGACCAGGUGCAUCGCAAAAAAAAAGCGUUGACGAUGAUAUAAAAAAUGCCACUAGCAUGGCUGUACUAUAUAAUAAGAUCGUUAUUGAAGAAGCUGACGCGCGCCGACAACUCUUUACUGACUUACGAGUAUAUGGUUUAACGGCAUUCAAAACUGAACUAUCACUUAAUAUGAUGGAUUUUAGAAGUGUACAUCGCUUAUUCGAGGUUGAUCAUUUCUGCUUACCGAAAGAUUGGGUUGACAUGCCAAACUUUGUUUGGUUAUAUGAAGCAGUUGUCAAAUGGGCCUUAAGCAUUAAUUCUACAAGAAAUGAAUUGAUCGAACAUCGAAAAAAAAGAAGGGUGAAUCGAUACUCUGAAAUUGGUAUAGCUAAAAAAUUAGCGCCAUUAAGGGAUCAACAUCAACAUCAACUAUCUAGAUGA